GAAUAGAUCGGCAGCCACCACGGAGACGAGGUACUUCAUGAGUACAUACCUUUCCCUACCUAAGGUAGGUAGCUCAGAAUGCAGGUGCAGAUGGCGAUGUAGACAAACCUGAGAUGCACCACGGGGUAGCAGGUGAGGUGGGCUGGCCAGAUCGAAUGGAAGCUGAUUUGGAGGUUAAGACUGGCACGACUGGGCUCGGCUGGGCUGUGUCGUGCGACUUACUACAGCGCACCUGCCUUUCUCUGCUCCGUACGAAUGAAUACCCGACGACUGCUUCCUUGAGCUCAUUCCUCUCUCUCGUGCUCUGCCAUACUUUCUUAUUCAUGUCUUUUUCAACUUGCAAGUGCCUAUCAACCUACAUCCAUCUCCCCGAACACGAUUGAGCCAUUCAGACCUCAAAGCUUGCAUUGCAUUGAAUCUCGCAUGGACAUAGGCACCUAAGGUGCAACGGAGAGUUGAGGUGAGCGAAAACCUUGUGUGAAGAAGAAAAUAUGAUGAUGUUCACACUCAUCCACGAAUGGAGACUUUGGUGAAGCGUGAUGCUGGAAAAGAAGAGGAACCCGGUCCUCUUGCUCUUGAGAUAUCCACACCUGCCAGUGCAACGACUCAGAAAACUUGAGGAGAGGACCGGGGGCCUCGACUCUGCGGGGAUUUCUUUACCUACCGACCACGCGUCUUGGCUUGUGUUCUCUGUUCUCUGUGUCUCGCUCUCUAACUCCCUUUCUUAGCAAGCAGAAAGUACUUGUAAAGACGAACGGAAACGAAGCAACAAACAUCUCCAGAUACCUUGAACCAUAAGACCCGGCGAACGGAACAUAGAAAGAAGGUCGACUACCUACAGAUCAUCAUCAGAGAACCAGAGUAAAACCGCUCAGCAUCGGCAAGCAGCAGCAACACAAAAAAACCAUCAGACCGAAACCCGGACCCAGACCCGCUCGAUAAAAGUCACAACCCUCACCUGGAUCACUCACUCAGCACCAAGCCCAAGCAUCGAACUCUCUGAACCCAAAAUCCACAACAUCCACGAUCCCUGUCGCAGGGUUGUCUCGUUUCUCAGUCUCGUCCCUCUCCCUCCUACCUUGCCUUGUGCUACACCUCUGCAAGUCACUCGGUUCACCUCAGUCGACGAUACUCGCUCGGUACCUACCAAUAAGGGCUUUUUAACCGCCGUAUCUGUUUUCCGUGUAUCUCUGGCUGCAAGAAAAUCGGACAGAGAUUUAGUUGUACCGGCCCGGUCAACAGAUUUCCAUCCAUCCAUCCAGACUGUAAGUAUGUAUGUCUCUCUUUCCACCUACGUACGCCCAACUUCCCCCGUCCCCUUCACCCGUCCCCAUCCCCAUCCCGGCCUGGACUGAUCGGUACCUUGCCAGAAGUAUCCAUACCUCGUCGCUUUUUCUCUUCUCCCACCACAACAACAACAUCCAAAUCCACGCAAACGACAUACUGGAGAAGGUUUUGCACCAGAGGUACCACCAGCGUCCAAACCAUAGUCCACUACCACCUCCACCACAACCAGCCAACCACCACCACCACACUACCUAACUGCGUACGGGCACUACCAGAGGUUCAGUACCACCUCACCUCCCGAUCUCAAUUCCCAGCGCCGUACCUUACCGGGGGUCCUGGCCCGUGCUUUCUUUGCUCUUUCCCUCUCCGGUGCUCGGUGCACGUACCCUUAAAUCCUGACCGACCGACCUUAUUUUUAUUCGUGCACCUUGGCCUCGGCCCUCAUCCUCCCACCUUCACACACCUCGAAUUGAGACGGUCGUCCACCGAAACCAAGUCUAAUUGUCCUUCUUUUAUUCUCGACCGUCCCUGCGGUGGUUUCUUCCGGUUUCCGGGUCUCAAUUGGCAUCAUUUGCCCUCGGCGCAUUCUCUGUUUGGCUGCUCCCCGCCUCCGAGGACCCGUUUCUUUUACCCCUCACUUUUCUCUGGUCGCUCUUUCGCGUCGGUGAAUCUCGGUGGGGCACCACCACACAAUCUGCCCAACUUCAAAGAAAAGGCGCGACAGCCAGACAGAGCCAAGUGUGUGUGUGUAUGAGAAGAGAAGGGGCGCGGGAAUUCCACUAGCCACCCUCUCUUAUUCUCGAAACUCUUUUUCUUCUCCUUCCUUCUCUCUCAUCUUUUCUGCCACAUACCAUUGCACCAACGCACACCGAGGAUGGGUCAAGGGUAGUUGCUGCUGUGACAAAGGGAAUAAGACAACACAACUUGCAAGCAUGCAUCCGGCUCCGAGUCUGUUAGAGGCGCCUCCGAAGAAUGGCAGCGAGGAGUCUGGAAACAGACCCCAAACUGGCUCACCUUCAAUGUCUCAUCAUGAGCUGCCUCAAUCGCAACAGUCUCCGCUCCAACAACAGCAGUCAUUGCCAGCGCAGCAUCAACCGCCGCCGCAGCAGCAAACGACUCCUCAGCACCAGUCACAGCAACCUCCCCCCACCCCCGGCCAGUCGGCUUCUCCUCCGCUGAGGAAGGACACCAACUCGUCCAUAUCAACUCAGGCCACGGCGGCAUCCGCUGCCACCAAUAUGUCCGUGGACACAAGCAACACAUCGUACAGUGCCGACACCUCUCCUAACUUAACAUCCAUAUUCCAUGUAAAGGAUGGCUCCGACGUCUCUAACCGGGUCCGCGCGAGCAGGAGGCGAACCGGUCCUUUGUCCCAGCAACAGAGAGAGAAAGCCGCACUCAUCAGAAAGCUGGGCGCCUGUAAUGACUGUCGCAGAAGGAGAGUUGCAUGCCAUCCUAGCCAUCACAACAUGACCUGGGAGGAUGCCGUCAGGAAAUAUCAUAGGUCUCACAGUCCCAGCAUCCAGGAUAUCGCCCCGUCUAUGGCUGGCCAGCGGCCCCUCAGCCCAGCGCCGGCCCUGAACAACAACAAUGUCAAGUCAAUGUUCACGCAGGACCCCGAGGAGAUGGAGAUAGACUCCCCGACGCCUCCUGGUGGUCACCGCCUCAGCGAGUCUCGCAUUCGCACGCCACUCCCGACCGGCCCCAGGCUCGACAAGCCUCCAAUUUUGCCUGGUAUUGAUAGUCUUAAAUCUGACUUACAGACCAAUGUUUCGAGAAUUCUGUCUACUCCCAGCCGGAGCCGCUACUCAAGUGCGCAGGCCUUGCUUCUGUACUGGCAGGACGACCCUGAUUUCAGCGUUGGAAGCUCCGUCAAAGAACUGGGAGAAGUUUUCGACCAAUAUUACCGGUAUACGUUUUCGAUCACGACUAUUCCGUCUGCUUCAGAGGCCUGCAAAAGCCCGUGGAGAUGGCUCUCGCGCAAGAUUACCGACUUUGUGGAGGAUCGUGAUCAGAGGGACGUUCUAAAGAUUGUCUACUACAACGGUCAUUCCUACUUGGACGGCAACCGGGAGAUGGUGCUCGCCAGCUCAAAAGACAAGGACAAGGCCGAGACUAUCUGGUGGAGUGGUAUUCAGCAGGUGCUUGAGGAGGCCUGUUCAGACACCCUGAUUGUGAUGGACGCCGCAUUCUUCCCAUCUUCCAAGAUGCACCGCCAGCAAGGUGUCUUGGAACUGGUGGCUGCUGCUGUAUCCGAGGAGCACUUCGAUGCCCUGGAUCGAUGCACGUUUACCAAAGUUCUUACCGAGCACCUAAAAACGCGCGCCUCACAACGAUUCACGAGUCCUUUCUCUGCAGCAGAGCUUCACUCAAAACUACUGUCCAAUUAUCCUUCCCUCGUUCAGGAUAGGAACCCUGAAAAGGAAACGAUCACCAGCUUCCCGUCCCCGCUCCACAUGCAAAUGUCUGGAAAUGCUCGACUACCCUCAAUUCUUCUCGCACCUCUCAACAUUGGUCCCUUGAGGACAAGCCUUCCGUUCGGUACAGAAGGUCAGCAACUGGUACUCUCAUUCCGGAUAGGAGACGAACCGAUCGACAUUGAUAACUGGACCGAAUGGCUGAGAAUGAUGCCCGAGGGUGUCAAGGAUGUAAGGGUUGACGGCCCUUUUCGACCAUCUAGAUAGGUCUCUGGUGGACUGAGCCAGCCAAAAGAUGGGAAGCUGGGUCACACGAGACGGGUGUCAAAAUAACCUAACGGUGCUUUGCCGCCGCAUUGCCGCCGCAUUAUACGUUUUAUCAAUUCUCUUAGUCCUCCUUCGACAAAGGACACCAUCAGGGG